CUGAUUUGAGCGGCAGCCGAAGCUUGUUCCAGCAUAGAACGAGUGGCGAUGGUGUAAUGGAUGGGACUCUUCCUUCCUUGCCCACCUCGACCAGGUGAGCAGGGAUCGCAUCAACUUGAUCAAGCUGGGCAAAGAUGAGAGGGCACGUGCUUGUUCCGAGCAGUGCGUUGUUGGGCGCCAGGAAUGGCCUGCCCACGAGGAAAAGUCUGUUCUGUGGGUGUCUGCCGACAACGCCACAGCACACUGGUUGGCGUGACCAAAGGCUCACUGCCAGCAUUGCCUCGCAAGAGAAACAUCUAGUGCCUAGCUGGCUAGGGCGGGUAGGAACGAGGGCCUGUUGGCGCUUGACCCGUCUGCCCUCUUCGUCGUCACUAGUGAUGCUACCGCCCAUCUCGGCCCGAGUAUCAACCUUUGCGUCUACACUAUGUCGAAAGGUCCUCCGGCUUGCAGGCGUCACCUCCUCUCUUUCGACGGCCGACUACGCCCAAGCUGACGAACAGCCGGGGAGGACCAUCCAGACAUUUAAACCUACCUGCGCCGCUUCCUUGCGACAGAGACGCUUCUUCAUUCUAUUUGGUGGCUUGCUCUCCUCUGCCGCACGUGCUAGAUAACUGGCGCAAGCAGAUGCGGGGGCAGAAGCAACAGGAGGCCCGAUUUGGAUCAAGAAUGGGACUGGUAGAACGCACAGCUACAGACGCUACAGAUGAUCCGCUUCU